AUGUCUCCCAAGGCUACAAAUGAGCAAGCUCAGGCUUUCAAAGCUUUACACAUUCCUGGAAAGCCAGUCCUGCUGCCAAACAUCUACGAUGUCACAUCCACGAGGAUCGUCGGAGCCCUGCCGGCAUGCAAGGUCCUCGCAACAGCCAGCUUCGCCAUAGCACUUGCGCAGGGGACCGAGGACUCAAAGCUCGACCUCAAGACUCACUUGUCUGCCCUCAAGGACAUCGCAGAGGUCGCCCACGAGCUAGGCAAGCCCUUGACGGUUGAUCUACAAGACGGCUACGGUGCACAACUCGAGGAGGCCGUCCGCGCCGUCAUCGACCUCGGCGUCGUGGGCAUCAACCUCGAGGACUCGGAGCACACCACUCACGCUAUGGUCGACGAUGCGACCGCUGUGGACCGUAUCAAGCGCGUCCUCGCCGUGGCCGCUGACGCCGGCGUGCCUGAGUUCGUGGUCAAUGCCCGCUCCGACACUCACUUCAUGGGCGGUAGCUUGGAUGAGUCGAUUCGCCGCGGCAAGCUGUACCUCGAGGCGGGCGCGACGACUGUGUAUAUCCUCGGCACAGCGCCGACGGGGUUCACGCGGGAGGAGGUCAAGAAGAUGGUGGAUGCGCUAGACGGGAAGGUGAAUAUCAGUCAGAGGUUGCCGAAAGAGGGCAUGGCCAGCACGCCGCUUACUAGUCAGCAACUGGGGGAGCUGGGCAUUGCGAGGAUCAGUGUUGGCCCGCAGCUUUACUACGCUGUUGCAGAAGUUCUCAAGAAUAGCGCUGCCCUGGUCCUCGGGAACAGCGCUAACUCGUAG